GGCCAGAACAAACGCUCGUUCGAUCUCGGGUCAAGGAGCAAACGGUAACAAUGACGAGAGAUGAGAUGCAAAGGAUGAUAGCGGAAGCAGUGGCAGCUCAGCUCAGGCAAGCUCAGCCCGAACAACCUAGGGUCGAGCCACUAAGGAUCGAACAGCCAAACAUCGAAGCGAACAACAGGCCCAGUUUAACGAGAGGUAGAAUAGGAGGGCAGAAGAGGGAUGAAACGCUGGAGCAACUGCUGGCCCAAGUGCGUGAUUUGCAAGACCGAGUCGAGGGGAUAAAAACCGGUGGCUCGAGAGGACAUCCGUUUUCACAGCAUAUCCUCGACGCUGAUCUACCACAAGGCUUCCGUGAUUUAAACAUAAGCUAUGACGGAUCGACCGACACAUCUCGACAUAUGAAGAGUUUCGAGAAUAUGUCGGUACUCCAUCGCUACAACGAUCCACUGCAAUGUCGAGCUUUCCUGACAACUUUACGAGGUUCCGCUCAGGAUUGGUUCCACCAGUUACCAGCAAGAGCUAUCAAGGAUUUCGAGGAGUUCAGCUCGAGUUUCCUCAACCAAUUUGCUAGUGUCAGGCCACAAGAGAAGUCGUAUUUAACACUGAUGGGCAUACAACAGAAAGAAGGCGAGUCGUUGCGAGAUUAUGUGGCGAGAUAUACACGGGCCUGCGUCGAGGUGCCCAGAGCGUCAGAGGAAAUAAAGGCGGUGGGCUUGACCCGAGGGCUACUGCCAGGCUUGUACAGGAACUCUUUGGCUAAGCGCCCAGGCAGAACAUUUGAUGAGGUACUAGAGAGGUGUGCGAAAUACAUGAACGUCGAGGAAGCAGAG